GGGGACGACCGCAGUCGAGAUAGGUACCCAGUUACUGUUUUAACAGAAGAUAUGACUUGUUUGUGUAUGAGGUAGGGGCACGGACCGUAAAGACACGGGCCAAGGAUAUACUGACACGGGUAGGGCUUCUAUGGGUGGUGUUAUGGCUGGUUUAUGGGUGGUGUUAUGGCUGGUUUAUGGGUGUUGUUUAUAUGUUACUGGUCUGGGAAGAAGAACACUAAAACAUACUCAUGAGACCAGUCAUUGCAUAGCCAUGAGAAUACCAGCAAUACGCAACAAUCAUAAGAAUACUGGCAGCAUGACUGCCUGUAUGAGUGCUUAUCAUAUGGUACUUGUCCAUGUAUAUACUGGUUAUUUAGGAACUAAGCAUUGGCACACGAAUGCCAUACAUGCACUGUCGACAAAGGUACAGUUAUGUAAAUACAGGCAGGAUCGUGCUGAGGUACUGCCACCGGAAGUAUCAGGCAUUUCGUUUGCAGAAACAGAACGCCUUCCGUUUGUCCCAUGCUCACACUUCUGGGACAGAUGGAUUGUUGAUAUGUUUUGAUGUUGGUUGUUCCGUUGGCACGUGGAUUCUGGCAGAAUCGGUACUGGCAAUGGGUCAAAAUCGUGAAGCCUAACAAAAUAUGAAAAGCAGACCCUUAAAAUCAUCAAGACGUCUUAAAUAUGCACCCAGCUCCACAGAAACGC